AUGGCUGUAUCAUUGAAUUACCGAUCUAUUUCAAUAAGCAGAAUACAAGAUCUUCUCUCGGAUAAAGAUCGAGAGCGGUUGUGCUUUCUUCUCGGAGAAAGUACCCCGCAAAUUAUGCCCGAGAACUGUUCAAUUGGUGAAACUUUUCGUGUGCUUGAGUCGUUUCUCGAAAAGGGGAUCAUCAGCAACCAAGAUUACGAUGCUCUCAUCCAAGCAUUUACGAAUAUUCACUGUUAUGACGCUGUGAAACAAGUAGAAGUCUAUCGAACAGAUCAGGCAUGCAAAAAUCAACGAUCUGUCUCGAUACAAGAGAUCCUAUCACAGGGCAAUGCAGAAGCUAAGAUUGAUCACAAUAUAACCAUCUGUGAUCUAUCGGAGUCGGUGAAAACUAAAAAGCCAGAAAAGAUUAUUCAAUCUCGAUGCAAAAAUCUGGCGUUUAAUGGGUCACGAAACAUUCGUCAACGAAUUCUAAUUGGUUUUAUUGUUCUAGGUGUAAUGAGUCUCCCAUUCGUGAUUGUUCUAUCAAAGAAGUAUAUUGAACGAACUUCAAAAAUCAAACAAGCAACUAAAUUGAUCAACAUCGGAUGGAAGCACUAUACGGCGGCAGAAUACUCAAAAGCCCUUCAAAACUAUGAUGCAGCUCUCUCAAUUCGAAUGCAAAUCUUGCCUCACUCUGAUCCAAAUUUCGCAACCGCCCACAACUACAUCGGUUUAGUCUACAACCGUUUAGGAAAGCACUCAACCGCUCUCGAAUAUCACCAGAAGGCACUUGCAAUACUCGAGAAAACCUUUCCAGUGCUUCAUUCACUCUUAGCCAUGACCUACAACUACAUCGGUUCCGAUUAUUCUGAGAUGGGUGACCACUCCAGGGCACUUGAAAACCACGAAAAGGCGCUUGCCAUUGAAGAGAAAUUUCUUCCAGAUUCACAUCCCGAUUUAGCAACCAGCUACAACUACUUAGGUUUGGUUUACUUAAGUAUGGGUGACCACUCAAGAGCUCUUGAAAAUCACAAGAAGGCUCUUGCUAUUCGGCAGAAGACUCUUCCUCCGUCUCAUCCAGAUGUAGCCACCACCUACAACAACAUAGCUGCGGUUUAUCAUGACAUGGGUGACCACUCAAGAGCACUUGAAUACUACGAAAAGGCGUUUGCUAUUUUGGAGAAAACUCUGUCUCCGUCUCAUCCACGUUUAGCCGGCAGUUACAACAACAUAGCUGCGGUUUACUUUAGCAUGGAUGACUACGCCAGAGCUCUUGAAAACCACAAGAAGGCCCUUACUAUUCGGCAGAAAUCUCUUCCUGCAUUUCAUCCAGAUUUAGCGAUCAGUUACAACAACAUAGCUGCGGUUUACGGUGACAUGGGUAACCACUCAAAAGCACUUGAAUAUUACGAAAAGGCGCUUGGUAUUUGGCAAAAAACUCUUCCUGAAUUUCAUCCACAUUUAGCCGCCAGUUACAACAACAUAGCUUCGGUUUACUCUAGCAUGGGUGACUACUCAAGAGCACUUAAAAACCACCAGAAGGCUCUCGGUAUUCAGCACAAAACUCUGCCUCCGUCUCAUCCAGAUUUAGCGGUCAGUUACAACAAUAUAGCUGCGGUUUAUCGUCACAUGGGUGACCACUCAAGAGCAAUUGAAAAUCACCAGAAGGCCUUUGCUAUUCGGCAGAAAUCUCUUCCUGCAUUUCAUCCAGAUUUAGCGAUCAGUUACACCAACAUAGCUGCGGUCUAUGGUGACAUGGGUGACCACUCAAGAGCUCUUGAAAAUCACAAGAAGGCCCUUGCUAUUGAAGAGAAAAUUCUUCCUGCAUUUCAUCCAGAUUUAGCCACCACCUACAACAACAUAGCUUCCGUUUAUCAUGACAUGGGUGACCACUCAAGAGCACUUGAAUAUUACGAAAAGGCCCUUGCUAUUCGGCAGAAAUCUCUUCCUGCAUUUCAUCCAGAGUUAGCCGUCACUUACAACAACAUGGCUUUGGUUUACUCUAGCAUGGGUGACCGCUCAAGAGCCCUGGAAUACUACGAAACAGCGUUUGCUAUCUUGCAGAAAACUCUUCCUGCAUUUCAUCCACAUUUAGCCGGCAGUUACAACAACAUAGCUGCGGUUUACGGUGACAUGGGUAACCACUCAAAAGCACUUGAAUAUUACGAAAAGGCGUUUGCUAUUUUGGAGAAAACUCUGCCCCCGUCUCAUCCACAUUUAGCCGCCAGUUACAACAACAUGGGUCUGCUUUACUGUAGCAUAGGUGACUACUCAAGAGCACUUGAAAAUCACCAGAAGGCCUUUGCUAUACGGCAGAAAUCUCUUCCUGCAUUUCAUCCAGAUUUAGCCACUACCUACAACAACAUAGCUUCGGUUUAUCAUCAUAUGGGUGACCAGUCAAGAGCUCUUGAAAAUCACAAGAAGGCCCUUGGUAUUCGGGAGAGAUCUCUUCCUGCAUUUCAUCCAGAUUUAGCCACUAGUUACAACAACAUAGCUGCGGUUUACUCUAGUAUGAGUGAGCACUCAAGAGCACUUGAAAACCACCAGAAGGCUCUCGAUAUUCAGCACAAAACUCUGCCUCCGUCUCAUCCACAUUUAGCCGGCAGUUACAACAACAUAGGUCUGGUUUACUCUAGCACAGGUGACCACUCAAGAGCACUUGAAUACUGCGAAAAGGCGUUUGCUAUUUUACAGAAAACUCUGCCUACGUCUCAUCCGACUUUAGCCACCAGUUACUACAACAUAGCUUCGGUUUAUCAUCAUAUGGGUGAUCGGUCGAGAGCACUUGAAAACUACCAAAAGGCACUCGGUACUUGGCAAAAAACGUUGUCAUCGUCUCAUCCAAAUUUAGUUAGAGUGUACAAUAACAUUGGUUUUUUGUAUUUCAAGAUGGGGAAGAAGUCCAAUGCGCUCGAAAACUAUGCGAAAGCAGUUAAAAUUGAAGAGAAAAGUGUAUCGCCGAAUUAUGGAAGUUUAGCCAAAAUGUAUAACAAUAUGCGUGUAGUGUACGAAAGUUUGGGGGAAGAAGCAUCUGCCCAUGAAUAUCAGAAAAAGGCGCUUGAAAUGGAACAGAAGUCUAAUCUGGUGAAAGCUUAA